AUGGAUAGAAGGAGGAGAGCAGCGUACAUAGGUUAUGACGUCCCAGCCGUACUGCUCGAAGUCGCGGUGCUUGCGGUUCCACAUGUGAAACGAGCCUGGCGUGAUGGCUGGGAUGCGGGGGAAGAAGUUCUCGAUGGGGCCGAGGGUGUUCAAGAGGGUGCGAUAGCCCGGAUGAUUCCUGUGACUGUCUUAGAGAUAGGAAGGGGAGCAGAAGGCGGGAAAGACCCACGAAACGGAAAGCACAGCAUGGCGGAACUGGAUGAUAGUGCGUAUGAUGAAGAGAAGAACAACAGGGAGGGCGAGGAGGAAGAGAUUGUCCAUCGCGACGGUGGUGGUACUGUGGUGGAUUGCGCAGCUGGACGAAAGGGAGGGUCAUGAGAUAUAUGUACGGGCCUCCCGAGGGCGCGUCGUGGUUUGGCUAGCAUGGAUCGGAUAGACGGACGAUGGAGGGUGUGGCCGAGGGUGUCCGGAAGGUCAUUGACCAAUGGUCGGCUACAUGACACGCCUUGUAUUUCUAGAAUGGCCUGCGAGAGGGACUGCGCCCAGAGUCGGGCCGGGAGUCCCUCCGUGCAUUAGGCCUCGCAGACCGCAGCGCUGGGCUGUUUUGACCAACGGCAGCGGUCAGACGGGCGGGUGGGCGGACCUGG